AUGGAAAACCUACCGAAAACAAAGCAUAGCGGCUGCUCCGUUGGCCGAAAUAUGUGGCCAUCGCGCUCAAGCUUCUCCAUGAGGGCUCAGAGGAGUCUUCAGGGGGGUCUAUACGACGAAAUUCGGUAUCAAUAAGGCUACGUGCCUGUUACGUGAUUAUUUGGAGCCUGAUUAUAUUAUUAUAAGCACGCAGAACAUGACCGAUACUUAUAACAAUCGUCGUCUCUCUCUCUUAAAGGGCUCCCGAGCACGACGUGACGGAGGUGCUUACAUGCACUGGCAUUUUGGCAGGUUAAAGAUUUCGCCGUCCAUAGACGCCUGUGUGUUGUCAAUGGCCCAUAAUGGUAUCCCUUCUUUGAAUACAGGGCAACAUCCAUGUCAUACGGUUGAACUUGUGUGGAGAUCCCAGUGGUCAUCUUCCAACACACACUAUUUCUUGGCAAGAUAUCACGCAAUCGUCUACUUCGUUUCCGAAGUUCUGUUUCUCAAUACUGCCGAUCCUUCAACAUACAUCUUCAUUCUUGACAUCAUUCUAUUAUUUCGCGUCUACGCCUUGUAUAACCGAAAUAAAUUUCUUUUUAUCUUCCUCUCGCUCUGUACUGUUGGAUCCACAGCGGCUGCCCUGUGGGCUUUCAGUGUCGUGUGUCGACAUGGUGCGACAGCUAUGGCUGCUCCUUGGAGGGCCUGUAGGUCUAUGGCAUCAAAUAUGAUGUACGGUAUUGCCGCAUAGUCAGUCAAUCUCACCAUCAUUCCUUCCGUCCAGUGUUACAACUUGUCAUACAGCGCUCCCCGCUUCUCAUUAUCAGUACUAUUUCUGGCUUUGAUGGUGACCAAGUUUUGUUAGAGUCUGGAUCUAUAAUAAGAGUAACUCAGUCUCGGUACGCAAAGUUUUGGCGAACAUAUUACACCAUAUGCGGCCGCACCUGUGAUCCAAGAACAAUAAUGACUCGGAUGAAACAGAUUUCACCGCUGUUGACAGCGUUCGUUGAAGAUGGA